AUGACAACAGACAAUAAAACUUUAUCUAGCAUUGCUAGUAAAAUGAGUGUUGGAAAUUUCCGUGGAAAUAUUGAUCCAUUUAUAAUCGAUAAAGACGAUUUUGAACAAUAUGCAGAUCGAUUAAAGCAUAUUUUUGUAUUAAAUGCUAUUGGCGAAUCUGUGGCAGAGGAGAAGCAAAAAGUGUCAAUUUUUGUGUCUUUUGUGGGAGCUGAUUUAUACAAAAUCCUCCGGACAUUGAUUGCCCCAAAAUCAGAAUGGGAUUUCUCCUAUGACGAGCUAAUUAAAAUAAUGAAGCAGUACUUUAAACCAAAAUUGAACGUGAGAGCCGAGCGUUUCAAAUUCAUGUCUCGGAGACUAAAAGAUGGUGAAACUUUGCAAGACUUUGUAGUGGAGCUGAAGUCUAUUGCCGAAAACUGCGAAUAUGGUGCCUUUUUGGAUCAGGCACUGUCUGACAAGUUCAUUUGGUCUCAAAGAAGUUCCGAUAUCCAGCGAAAACUUCUCAAUGAACCAUUAAAUAAAACAUUUAAUGAAAUAUUUGAGUCUGCACAAACAAUGGAAUCAACUCAGAAGGAUGUGAAAGAUAUUCAGUCGACUCUUCCGUCUAUGAAUAUACAUGGUGACCAGAAUUGGAUUGGGAGAAGCAAAUUUAGAAUGGGAAAUUCUAACCAUCGACGCAUCGCCUCGAGAAGCAAAGCAAGAAACCACGAUCAAGAUGGUAAUCGUGCAUCAUCACGACCAAGAAGGUCCAACGAGAAAGUCACGUGCUUUCGAUGUCAAAAAGAAGGGCAUUACGCAUAUGACUGUGGUAACAAUAGAGUAAGGCAUUCAAAUACUAACAAUAGAUAUAGAAAUAAAAAUUAUAAAAAAGUCAAUCACGUUGAUGGUGAACAACAAAUGUUAUCGAAUUUAACUUUAGGUAAUGUUACAAUAAAUUCCUUAAGUUCCGAAUAUUUAGAACCACUUAUUAUUUCAUUAAAAGUAAACAAUAUUAAUAUAAAUAUGGAGGUUGAUUCUGGUGCCUGUCUUUCUAUACUCUCUGAACGCAUGUACUUGAAGUUGUUUAAAAAUUGCAGAUUAAAGCCCUUUGAUAAAACUCUUAAUGUCAUUACAGGUGAAAAUGUUGUUGUUGUUGGAGCUGUUGAGGUUGCUGUAAAUGGUUUGUGUGAUGAUAAAAUAUACUGCCUGGAUUUGGUUGUGGUUAGAACCGAGAAGGAUUUUACUCCUCUUUUGGGUAGAAAUUGGCUAAACACCCUUUUUACAAAAUGGAGGAAUCAUUUUAAGGUAAAUAGCAUUAGUCCAUCUCGUGAUGAGGUCAAAAACGAAAUUUUGAAAGCUUUUCCACAAGUUUUCGAUAACAAUUAUUAUGGAAUAAUUAGGGAUCACGUUGCAGAGAUUGUGCUUGAUGUUAAUGCAUCACCUAUUUUUCAUAAACCAUAUACGGUUCCAUAUGGAUUACGUGAAAAGGUUGAGAAAGAGCUGGGAAGGCUUGUGGAAGUAGGCAUCUUGAAACCAGUUAGGUUCAGCGAGUGGGCCACACCAAUUGUGGUUGUAGAAAAAAAAGAUGGAACCAUACGAAUCUGUAUGGAUUGUAAGUCGACCAUAAACAGGUAUGUUAGGGCUGAUCAUUACCCGAUUCCGCGAAUCGACGACAUAUUGUCUUGUUUUGGAGGUUGUUCCUUCUUUUGCAUACUUGAUUUAGCUGGGGCGUUCCAGCAAGUUGCACUAUCAGAACAGUCGCAAAAGUAUGUUACAAUCAACACUGAUAAGGGUUUGUUUCAAUACACUAGGCUUCCAUUUGGAAUUAAAAGUGCACCCUCCAUUUUUCAGUGUGUGAUAGAUGACAUUUUAAAAGGUCUGAAAUAUGUGAGAGGGUAUAUCGAUGACAUCAUCAUAGGUGGUAGCACGCUAGAUGAUUGUAAGGCAAAUCUGAUUGAGGUUUUACGAAGGUUCAAUCAGUUAAACGUUAAAGUGCGUAUCGACAAGUGUCAAUUUUUUAAAUCAUCGGUCGAGUAUCUGGGCCAUGAGAUUAAUGGCGAUGGAAUUCAUCCAAAGGCUAAUAUGAUGAAGGCAAUAGUCAACGCUCCUGCUCCCGUUGAUGUUUCUUCGUUAAAAGCAUACUUGGGUUUGUUAAAUUUUUAUAAUAAAUUCAUUCCGAAUCUUUCUGCUCGAUUAGCACCCUUGUAUGAUCUCUUAAAGAAAGAGAAAUCUUUUGAUUGGAAUCAAGAUUGCGAAAAGGUUUUUAACGAGAGUAAAUGUUGGUUAUAUGAUAAUAAUAUGUUAGUGCACUACUCCCCAGAUAAAGCUCUCGGUAUUGUUUGUGACGCCAGCUCAUAUGGUGUUGGUGGGGUAUUAUUUCACAUAGAGAAAAAUGGUGAAGAACGUCCUAUAAUGUUCGUGUCUAGCACUUUAUCGAAUGCUGAGAAAAAUUAUUCUCAAAUAGAGCGUGAAGCUCUCGCGGUGAUUUUCAGUGUGAAACGUUUUCACAAAUAUAUAUACGGGCGUAAAAUUACAAUUUAUAGUGACCAUAAGCCCCUUGAGAACAUUUUUGGUGACAAAAAGAAUAAUGCCAUAGCUGCCGCAAGAUUGCAACGAUGGGCUCUGAUACUAUCACAGUACGAUUAUAAGAUAGUUUAUAGAAAAGGAAGCGCUAUGAAUAACGCUGAUGCUUUAUCACGUUUGCCCUUGAGCGAGCCAACUGAUGUGUCUAGUUGCAUGAUAAAUUUUUUUAAUAUAGCGGGUAAUUUACCCUUGAAUGCAAAUGACAUUGCAAAAGAAACAUCGAAAGACGAUACUUUGAGCAAAGUUAUUUCUUUUAUGAAUUCAGAAUGGCCAGCUUAUUUUGAAAAUAAAUUGUUGCAAAAACUAAGUAGUAGAAAAUUAGAAUUUUCUAUUUCGGAUGAGGGAUGUUUAUUGUUAGGUUGUCGAGUAGUUAUUCCAAAUUCAUUGAAAGGAAAAAUGCUAGAACUCUUACAUGAAGGACACUUGGGUGUUGUCCGCAUGAAAGAGCUCUCCCGAGGUACAAUGUGGUGGUUAAAUUUAGAUCGUGACAUUGAGCACUAUGUCCGAACGUGUGAUGCGUGUCAGCAGGAAAUUGACGAUCUAAGAUUAUUAAUUCAAUCUUCCGUGUCGUCGCUUCUUGAUGAUAAACUGAAAAACAUGUCAACGAAGGCGGACAUGGAGGGUAUUAGCACUGAAUUGUAUCAGCUUCAACAAAGUAACAAAUCGCUGCAAAACAGCUGGAAAACUGAGGACACGAUAUUCGACCUUGGAUCAGCAGGUGGAGAUGCUCGAAAAAAAAAGUCCAAGGAGCAGAAUGUAAUUGUUCACUUGCCAAAACAAAAUGGUGUUAGCGCCAUUGAAAAAACGAAAUCUCUUUGUCUUGAAAUGUUACGGGCUGAUAAAGUUGACAAAAUCCGAAGUGUACGCGAGCACCACUCGAAUGGAAAUGUUGCAAAUAUUAUUGACGAGUUGCAAGACAGAAAUGAUACAAUUAAAUUGUAA